UCAUGUUCCAGUCUGAUUGUCCUUCUUUAUUCAGGAUGGCUGGCAGUCAGGAGAGCAAUGCAUCCCUCUUCAGUGAUCAGACCCAAUCCCAGGAAAGUUCUCAAGCAAAAAGAUCCCAGAAUUAUGAAGAGGAGACAUUUUAUAAGAACUGCAGAGCAGCCUAUUUAGCUGUCUUCAAAAGCAGCUUAGAAAACAUUAAAUCAAAAGAACAACUGUGUUUGGUACUUCAGCAAGCUGGAAGAAAUCCAUCUCAGAAGACAGUUAAUAAAUACUGGACGCUGCAAACCACCACAUUGAAUUUUGAUGAUUUCUGCUUCAUCUUAAAACAAGAAGAACCUGUUAGGGAAACAGAGCUGCUCAAAGCAUUUGCAAAAAUAGAUGCAAAUAAUGAGGGCUGUAUUUUACAUAGUGAGCUGCAUAAACUUCUUACAACUAGAGGUGAAAAAAUGGCCCUUGAUGAAGUUAAUGCAAUCACCGAAUUGGUGGAAGUGAACAGUGAUGGAAAGUUUGAUUAUUACAAGUUUUGUAAAUUGUAUAUGACAACCAAUGAGCAAUGUCUGAAGAAUGCACUAGAAAAACUGGAGGUUGACAGUAAACUGAAGCGUCAGCAGUUUGGAAGUAAACUUGAGACUUCAUCAGAACUGGCUACAUCACUAAUAUCAAAAACAAUACCAAAAACUGCAAGGAAAACAGAAUCCAAACCAAUGCUAAAACGAGGUCACUGCAAGACUUCUUCACAAUGUUCCUCAGCUCCAAGUUGCAAAGCAUCUGUUUCUUCCACUAUCAGUAUGGGUGCCAGCAGCAACAAACAUUUGAAGCUCGUUGAGGCAAAUGCUGCAAAGGAAUGGCAACAUGCGCAGUCCAAAGGAUGCUUCUUCUUAGAGGAAAAUGGAGAGAUAAUUAGUCAUAAAUAUAAGUUGUUUUUAUCUCAGAGAUCUACAGUAUGCAUUACCAUUAAUCCUGUGAAACUUCGCCAAAUGGAAGGAAAACCCUCUCCUUGGUUAGUGGUGGACACAGCAUUGUACAUACUCAAAGAAAAUGAAACUGAAGAAAACAUACAGCUUGUCAGCUUCACUGAGCUACGAAAUAAAGAGGUUUUUGGUUGGAGCGGGGAACUUGAAAGUGGUGUCUAUUGGGCAAUUCCUUUCACCACAGGCUGUAGAUUCAGAAAAUCAAAAAAGCAAAUUAGAAGAGAAGCCAAACUUGUACAUGGAGAUGGAGAAUUCACAGCUACCAAAGAGUUCCGAGCAGCCUUAUCAGAAAUAUUUGAAAUGAUUGAUUUGGAUGGGAAUGGCUUUCUCAGCCUGGAAGAGAACAACUUCUUUGAAAUGAGAACUAGUGGAGAAAAGUGUGAUGAGGAAGCUUGGGCCAUAUGCAAAGAGAAUUUUGAUAUGAAGAACAAUGAACUCACAAGACAGGGAUUUAUGGAUCUGAAUCUCAUGGAAGCCAGUCAACAAGGCAGGGAUCUUAGCAGCCUCUGGAUGACUUUGCAGUCAAUGGGCUACAACAAAGCAUUGGAAUUGACUGAGGCAUGCCCCUUUUCCAUUCGCGUCUAUGCAGAAAAAUGCAAACCCAGAAUUCAACCUGUUUGUCUGGAAGCUGGUGGUGAGCAACUUAAGACAGCCAUUUGUAUGAGUGUGGCUAAUAAAGGAGACGCUAAGCCGAUGGAUGCCAGUGAAAAUAUAGUUAUUCACACUUAUAAAAGUGAUACACGGAUCACGUCUGUUAUUGGAAACAAGUCUGAAAGCAAAACAGUAAUUCACCUCAACAAUGAGCAAAGUAGAAACUGUGUCAGUAAUAGAGGGCUCAACACUUUUGCCAUUGAAGUGGCAUCCAACUCCAUGAUGGUCUGUCAGCAUGUGAUGCCACAGAAUGAGCAAGAAGAAUGGAUAUACAGCUGUGUUUAUUCUAUCUUGCCUUAAGCUAUCAUAGAUCAACAAUAAAUAAUAAUGAAUAUAUUAAAGGAGGAAAGCAGCUAGAGAGGCGGUUGAACUGUUGGAUGACAAAGAAGUCAAAGACAUGCUAAAGGAGGAGAAGGAGAUUGCAUAGAUGCAAAUAAUUCUAUCUUCACUACAAAUGAUGUAAGAGAGAUCCCUGUGCUUUAGCUAACUUUCUAAGGAAUGAAAUCUUGCGAACUGAAAUAAACAGUGGUGACUAGAGAUGAAAUUCUAGACUUUAUUGAUUAAAUAAAAACUGCCAAAUCAGCUGAUCCAUAUGGCAUCCAUCCAUGAGAGAAAUUAAUGUCUGUCAUGGGAAAACUGGUGGAAAGCAUUGUUAUAGCUAGGAUUGCCAAGCAUAUAGAAGAAUAAGUCUUGCUGAAGGAGAAACAGCAUGGGUUCUGCAAGGGGUAAGGCUUGUCUAACUAACCUUUUAGAUAUCUUUGAGAUGUUAACACUCUGAGCAUAUCCAGUAGAUAUUGUAUGGUGUGUGUGUGUGUGUGUAGUAUCCCACCCUUCAUCCAAAGAUCACAGGAUGCUUCACAACAGAAAAUGAGAAUACAAAAUAUAUAAUAAAACUAAAACCAACCAAUAACCUCCCAAUAACCAACAGGAAGUUUACACAUUGCUACCCCUAUCGCUAGCAGGUCAUUUUGCCCAGGGUGAGGAACUUCCAGCUGCAAAUCUAAUUAGGUCCCCCAGCCCCAAUUUAGCCCAUAAGUCUAUUUCUGCCAGGCUGCAGCCACUUGACAUCAGGUGCAGGGGAAAUAAUAAUGGUGUGUGUGUACUGCGUCAUGUGUUCUAUUAUGCAGGGCAGGCCUUACCUGCCCCCCCAAUAUUUUAUUCAAGUUGGCACCCCUGCUGCCAACACUUUCAGCUUCCACUCCUCUGCUGUUUGCUUGCUCAGAUACUGAUUCAAGCAAGGGGUCUCAGCUUACACCACAAUCCAAUUUUAAGUUUAUAUGGAACUUAUCUGGUGCACAGAGGGCAUUUCAAAGAGGAUUCAAAGACCAUGUCCACCCUGUGAAUACAGGGUCUUUUCUUCUUUGCCGUAUUGUCCAUCAACUCUGAUGGAAGAAAACUUUGCGACCGAGAUAAUGGCCAUAUUAAGUUUCUGUUGAGCUUAUCUGGUGCACAGAGGGCAUUUCAGUUGAUGCAGUGACCCAGAACAAACUGGACAGGGCAAUGUUCUGGAAUUUAAAAUUAGGCUACAACUUUAUUGAUUUCAGAUGUAGGUUGGAUUUGGCUUAGCCAUUGGAGGGCUGGUGGAGGGCAGGCACAUGAUGAUAGAGUCAAGCCUAGGAUUAAUGGGUCCUCCCCAAGACAUAGGUCUACACAGAUGACCCUCCCAAGCCACUAAAGAAAGCUCUGUGGCCCAUCUGCCAUACACCUUGGCUUUUGGACAGAGACUUCCAACUAGACCUCUCUAAGGGGUACCCUCUUAUUGCACUAUACUGUGGUGGCAUUGGUGCACCACUGCACACACACACAGCCCGAUGCUAGACUUUCAUGCAAUAGCUUCUCCACCAAAGUUGUGACUAUUGCUAUGGGGAAGGCAAAUCCAAUAUUAAGUUUAUACUGAGCUUAUCUGGUGCAUCAAUGUCCAUCAGACUCAUAAGCAGUUAGGGGAAAAUGACAGGUCCUGUUAGGAAACAGUAAGUGUUUACAGAACAGGAAGCAGAGAAUAGGAAUAAAUGGACAGUUCUUACAAAGAAGAUCCUGUCAAAAUAGGAUCAUUAUUUGGAUUGGUGCUUUUUAACUUGUGUAUAAAUGGCCAAGAGUUAGGAAUGAGCAAUAAGGUAGCAAUGUUUGCUGAUGAUACCAAAUUGUUUAUGACAGUAAGAACAGAAAGGAGCUCCAGAAGCACCCUUCCAAAUUGGAUGAAUGAGCAUCAAAAUAGCCAAUGUGAUUGGUUGAAUGUAAGCAAGUAUAAAUUGAUGUACAUUGGGGUAAAAAAUCCUAAUUUGAUGUAUAUGUUUUCAAGCUUUGAACUGGAAAUUACUGGCCAGGAGCAGUGGUGGAUAGCUCAAUGAAAAUGGCAACACAAUGUAUGGCACCUAUGGAAAGAAUGAUUACCAUGUCAGGGUUAAUUAGAUAAAGAAUUGAGAAAAAAUGAGCCAUUACAAAUCUUUGGUGCAACUGCACUUGGAGUACUAUGUACAGUUCUGGUUUUCACAUUUCAAAAGGGAUAACUGAAAAAGUUUCAAAACACCUAUGAGGAAAUGUUACAACUGCCUACUAAAAACAGGCUUAUAAUUUAAAUAAGGUAUCAGAUUUAUAUGACCUUGUCUAAGAAAGUGCAAGAAGUCUUGAAAAGCUAUAUUUAUAUCACAGCCACUCUUGUAGACUGGCUUCUUAUGCCGUAACAGGAUACUAGGCAAGUAAAUGUCAGUUAUGAAAUUUAAACCAUGCUUAGUCAAGUGCAGAAACUGCCUGCUUAAGUCUAUCUAAAACUGUUCUCAUAUAUAUGUUUGUGUGUGUGUGUAUAGAAGAAUCUGUAGAACUAAUGAAAAAUGUAUGUUUGGAAAGUAAUUUUUAAACAGAGAAGCUAAAACAACAUGUUUAAGCAAGGAAUAAUAAAUAAACCAUGUAUUCUAAAGUGUAAGGAAGGCCUCUAAAGUAUAGAGAGAUAAGUAAAAAUAAUAAAUCAAGGUACUGUUUUAUUAAGUCCUAAAUUUCCUUGUACCAGUAUAUCUUAAGAAUCUUGGCAAUUGUUCCAUCAGGGCAAGCAUAGUGUGAUUUUGUGUGUAUGCAAUUUUUUUCCAUCACCAAACAUCUAUUGAUCCCUUUUGCUGCUCAUGAAUAAAGGCUUCCAUUUACCAA